GAUAAUAUUUAACUUGAAUCACUAAAGCAAACAUUACCCCCCUUACAAAUCAUAAAAUUUGGAUAUUAGUUUAUUUUUUAUUUUUUAAAUUUCUCUCUCAAAAAAUAAAAAAAUUAAUAUGCUUAAAUUAUUCUUAUCAUUAUCAUUGCUAGCAUUAUACUCAGCCCAGUUUUAUGGAUUUCGUGGCGGCAAUCACCGUUUUGGCGGCUAUCCUAGGGGACAUCAAGGGCUCCCCAGUCAUGACUCACUCCAAAAAUGUCAAAUAACUGUAAUCAAAGAUGGAAGCGAUAUAGACCUUACUGAUAAAUGGACAACUUACAGAAUCGAUACCAGCGGAGAUGUACUUAGAAUCACUGGAGAUUGCAAUUUAGAAAUUUUGGCAUAUCGCGAUUAUACGGAUUUCGCACAAAAUUUAGAAUUCGCGAGAAAUGAAGCAGGCGGAAGAUCAAGCGAAAUUUCGCUGGCUGACAUUGAUACGGUCAACAGGACCGCGGCUGUAAAUAAUUCGGCCAUUUGUUGCAUUUAUCUGAAUAAUAGAACCCGAGUUCCCACUGGAACGGGAUCCUCGGACGGAGUUGACAGAGGGGUAAAUGUAGAUAACGAUGCGACGGACGACGAUAUUGGUAGAGAGGUCGAGGAAUUCGAUCCUGAUUUAGUUAAUCGGCAGCCAAUUAACCCAGAUCGGUUAAUGGUCGGGGGAUACGAGUUACCGCGCAUGGGUCACAAUCGGGGGCCUCUAUAUAACAAUGGUGGAGAAUAUCGUAGUGGCCCUAGACCAGGUGGUGACCGAAGGCGAGAGCGUGACGGAAGGCGAGGAGGGGAUGGAAGGCGAGGGGGUGACGGAAGACGAGAUGAUGACGGAAGGCGAGGUGAUGACGGAAGGCGAGGAGGUGACGGGCCAAAUUACGGAUUUCAUAAUCGAAGAGGGGCUGAUAACAAUGAUCAAAUCAAUUCGGAUUCCGAAGAAACCUUUUUUUGCCAAUUGAGAUCUGCCGAUAUAGGACGCCCACACCGAUAUUCCUCUAAAGUGGCCAUAUUUUCGACGGAAGUGGUUGAUCCGAACGUCAAUAAUUCUAACGUCGGGUCCAAUCGAAUCGAGUUAGGGAAUCGAAAUAACGAUAAUAUCGUAGUCAAGGCUAGCACUCCCGGGGAUCAAGUAAUAACGAUGAAAUUGAGACAAAUCUCUGACCAGGGACGCCACCAUGGUUACGGCCAUGGACGUGGUCAUAGACGCCGCCAUGGAGGCCACGGAUUUGGCCAUGGAGGCGGCUAUAGAUAUUAGUUUACCUAGGAACUCAAACACUAAACGACUUGCUUAAGGAAAUCAUAUAUUUUUUUUUAUCUUUACUUUGAAUCAUACCAAUCAUAUACAUUGUUUAUACAUGUGAACCGGGUACUCUUAAGCACCUCUCUCGUUUUUUUUUAAAUCAAAUUUUUAUUUUAAAAGAAUAUUUAAUUUGUUUUUCUUUAAAGAAUAUUCUUCGAUUCUUAAAGAUUAAAAAAAUAUGCUAAAAAUUUGACUAAAUAAUUUAGAGUUUAUUAAAUUAUCUAACUUUGAUCAUCUCUAUUGCGUCUUAGUCAACCUUUUAUAUUGAAAAAUUGAAUUAAGCUUCUAAGUAAAAUCUCAACUUGAAGAUUUAUCCAGAAUAUUUCUGAAUUACAGUAUGGCUACGCUGCUUUAUAGUCGACUAAAGAUAAAUAGUUUAACAACACUAAAAUAAUUACCCAAACACAAGACAUUACAAUUUUUGUUUUCGUGAUAGAUGGUUUUCAUUUAUGAUAGACUAUAACUAGACGCUAACCUUCUUUUUUUUUCAAAAUAUGUGUCCUAAAUUAUAAAUUACGAUGACGCAAAACGCAAUUUAAAAAAAAAGGUUUAAAUUGAAAUAUCGUAUCAGUCCUCUUUUGUCCUUGCAUUCUUCCGCCACUGAUCAAAUGGCAACUUCAUUUUUAUUUUCUUGAGAAAUUAGGGGCUAUGUUUCGCGAAUUUUUCUAUCAUAGAAAUUAAUUGAAAGUUUUUAUCUUGGGUUUAUUUUAGUCAAUAUUUAGCAUUACUAAGAGUAACGAUUAGAUCUAAUUCUGAAAAAAAAACAAUUUGUAUAAAUAUAAAAAUUGUAUUUUUGUUUGUUUUUUUAAAAAAAAACGAGUCACGUGUUUAAGAGGUCGGUUUUUUUUAAAUAUAAACACGACGUAAUUAAUAAAGGGUAAAUAUAUGUAGAUUAUAAAAAUUGGGGUUAAAUAAUAAAAUUAUAAUUUAUAGGUUAUCAGAAGUUUAAUAAAUAUGAAAAUUUGCCAAAA